CUGUCAGUGAGCGCGGGGCCAGCGAGCGAGCGAGCCUGCGGGCCAGCGUCUGCAGCUACCCAGCUCCGCGCAGCGCAGCGCAGCGCAGCUCCCGCCGGACUCUCCCCAGACGCCGGGCUCCUCCGCCACCUCCUCCGCCGCCUCUCGGCCACCUCGGCCCCGGCCCGCGCCCGCCGCCCCCGCCCACCCGGCCUCCCCGGCUGCUGCUCCCCGGCGGAGGCAAGAGGUGGUUGGGGGGGACCAUGGCUGACGUCUACCCGGCCAACGACUCCACGGCGUCUCAGGACGUGGCCAACCGCUUCGCCCGCAAAGGGGCGCUGAGGCAGAAGAACGUGCACGAGGUGAAGGACCACAAAUUCAUCGCCCGCUUCUUCAAGCAGCCCACCUUCUGCAGCCACUGCACCGACUUCAUCUGGGGGUUUGGGAAACAAGGCUUCCAGUGCCAAGUUUGCUGUUUUGUGGUUCACAAGAGGUGCCAUGAAUUUGUUACUUUUUCUUGUCCGGGUGCAGAUAAGGGACCGGACACUGAUGACCCCAGGAGCAAGCACAAGUUCAAAAUCCACACGUAUGGGAGCCCCACUUUCUGCGAUCACUGUGGGUCAUUGCUGUAUGGACUUAUCCACCAAGGGAUGAAAUGUGACACCUGCGACAUGAACGUUCACAAGCAGUGUGUGAUCAAUGUCCCCAGCCUCUGCGGAAUGGAUCACACAGAGAAGAGGGGGCGAAUUUAUCUGAAGGCUGAAGUCACUGAUGAAAAGCUCCAUGUCACAGUACGAGAUGCAAAAAAUUUAAUCCCUAUGGAUCCAAAUGGGCUUUCAGAUCCUUAUGUGAAGCUGAAACUUAUUCCUGAUCCCAAGAAUGAAAGUAAACAGAAAACCAAAACCAUCCGCUCCACACUAAACCCUCAGUGGAAUGAGUCCUUCACAUUCAAAUUAAAACCUUCAGACAAAGACCGACGACUGUCUGUAGAAAUCUGGGAUUGGGAUCGAACAACAAGGAAUGACUUCAUGGGAUCCCUUUCCUUUGGCGUUUCAGAGCUGAUGAAGAUGCCAGCCAGUGGAUGGUACAAGUUGCUCAACCAAGAAGAGGGUGAAUACUACAAUGUGCCCAUCCCGGAGGGGGAUGAAGAAGGCAACGUGGAGCUCAGGCAGAAAUUUGAGAAAGCCAAGCUUGGCCCUGCUGGUAACAAAGUCAUCAACCCUUCAGAAGACAGGAAGCAACCCUCCAACAACCUUGACAGAGUGAAACUCACUGACUUCAAUUUCCUCAUGGUGCUGGGGAAGGGGAGUUUUGGGAAGGUGAUGCUCGCUGACAGGAAGGGAACAGAAGAGCUGUAUGCCAUCAAGAUCUUGAAGAAGGAUGUGGUGAUCCAGGAUGAUGAUGUGGAGUGCACCAUGGUAGAAAAGCGGGUCCUUGCUUUGCUCGACAAGCCCCCAUUCCUGACGCAGCUGCACUCCUGCUUCCAGACAGUGGACCGACUGUACUUUGUCAUGGAAUACGUCAACGGCGGGGACCUCAUGUACCACAUUCAACAAGUAGGAAAAUUUAAGGAGCCACAAGCAGUAUUCUAUGCAGCAGAGAUUUCCAUUGGAUUGUUCUUUCUUCAUAAAAGAGGAAUCAUUUACAGGGAUUUGAAGUUAGACAACGUCAUGCUGGACUCAGAAGGACACAUCAAAAUCGCCGACUUUGGGAUGUGCAAGGAACACAUGAUGGAUGGAGUCACAACCAGGACAUUCUGUGGGACUCCUGAUUACAUAGCCCCAGAGAUCAUCGCUUACCAGCCGUAUGGAAAAUCUGUGGACUGGUGGGCGUACGGCGUGCUAUUGUAUGAAAUGCUAGCAGGACAGCCUCCAUUUGAUGGUGAAGAUGAGGACGAACUGUUUCAGUCUAUAAUGGAGCACAACGUGUCCUACCCCAAAUCCUUGUCUAAAGAGGCUGUUUCCAUCUGCAAAGGACUUAUGACCAAACACCCAGCCAAGCGACUAGGCUGCGGGCCCGAGGGAGAGAGAGAUGUCAGAGAACAUGCCUUCUUCCGGAGGAUCGACUGGGAAAAACUGGAGAAUAGGGAGAUCCAGCCACCAUUCAAACCCAGAGUGUGUGGUAAAGGAGCAGAAAACUUUGACAAAUUCUUCACACGAGGGCAGCCCGUCUUAACGCCGCCAGAUCAGCUAGUCAUCGCUAAUAUAGACCAGUCUGAUUUUGAAGGGUUCUCGUAUGUCAACCCCCAGUUUGUGCACCCGAUCUUGCAAAGUGCAGUAUGAAACUCACCAAUGAGAGAUCAAACACCUCCACAGCCCCUAGACCUCCAGCAGUGGGAAAUGAUUCUUAAGCCUAAAAUUUUAAGACCAUGGCUUUGUAUCAUGUUCCACAUGGAGGCCUGUGAAUUGUAGGGUCAGUAGUCCAUAUGUGAUCAACUUUUCAAGGUCUCUCUUUCACUUACAACCAAGAACAUUAUCUUAGUAGGAGAUGACAUAAUGUACAUUGUCCAGUUGAAGUAUGUAGAAGUCAUAUCUGGCUGUAGGUUAAUUCUUCCUAGAAAAAAAAAAGACUCUUAUCCCUUUUGGGGUACAAUUUGAUAUAUUCUUUGGAUUGUCACCAUCAGGAUCCCCCAAUCACAAAUAUUAAAGUGAACCUGCCCCUGGUCCAAGGGCUGGAACCAUCUCCACCCAAGAUAUUUUUGGAAUAAAGAACGGGAUGCCCAAAGAGUAAGGAAAGAGAGACUGGGGUAAAAGAGUCUUCAAGAAACCCAUCACUUCCUGCUUCAAUGGAAAUAGUCCCUAGAAUCUGAAAGGCCAAGAUGAACCUAAUCACUCUUCCCAAACAUCAUAACAUAACCAUAGUCCAGCAAUUUAAGAAAAAAAAUUCAGAUACAUAUUCAUUGAAUUGAUCAUCUGUGUUACCCUAACUUGGUUGAUAACUAUGUUGACACUUUCAUUCUUUUUAAGAGGCCAAAUCAUCUAAGGACCUAGCUAAACAAGCAUAUGAAAUCAUUUCAGAUCAAGAAUAAACCAGUGUCUAUUUACAUUUAAUCUCUGGGAGAUUACUCUUCAAUCCAGGGUGCCAUCAGUAAUCAUGCCACUACUCAAGAGUGUUGUUAGCCAAUCCCUACACGUAACAAUAUUUUGCUACCUUUAUUGUUACCUUUCCUAAGAAGCUGAAGUGUAUGCCCUAUCCCUUUUUGUACUUAUUUAUUUAAUAAGCUGCAGUGUCAUUUAUGAAAGUAUGAUGUAUAGUAACUUAAUCAAAGUAUUGACUAGCAUCAGCCCCUACUGAUUGAUUUUCUUCCUUUCUGUAGCCCUGACAUCCACUUAGGGAUGGAAACAGUACAAUUUGGGUUCCCAUUUCCAGUACCUAUUGAAUGACUCACCUGGAGCUGUAGAAUCAAGAUACUUGGAUGCUUAUCAGCUCAAAGAUAUUUUCUUGCUAGAAAGAUUUUAAUAUGUUUUGCAAGUGCAUCAUGCAAUGGAUUUUGCAUGUUUAUAAUAAACCUUAAUAACAAGUGAAUCUAUAUUAUUGAAAUAAUUGUAUCAAGUAUAAAGAGUAUUAUAAUUUUUAUAAGACACAAUUGUGCUAUCUUUGUGAA